CGAAUAAUAAUGAAGGAAAAACAGACCACAAAGGUGUACUUAUCUUUGAUUCCAAUUAUUGGAGGAGUACUGCUGGCCACUGUUACUGAAAUCUCCUUUGACAUGUGGGGUCUGAUCAGCGCUCUUGCUGCCACUCUGUGUUUUUCUCUGCAAAACAUCUUCUCCAAGAAGGUGCUUCGUGAUUCCCGGAUACAUCAUCUAAGAUUACUGAACCUUCUAGGAUGUCAUGCUGUAUUUUUCAUGAUACCUACAUGGGUUUUACUGGACCUUUCAUCCUUCUUAGUGGAGAGUGAUCUGAGCUCCAUAUCUCAGUGGUCAUGGACACUUCUACUCCUGGUGAUCAGCGGGACUUGUAACUUUGCCCAGAACCUGAUUGCCUUCAGCAUCCUUAAUCUUAUAAGCCCUCUAAGUUAUUCUGUAGCCAAUGCAACAAAAAGGAUCAUGGUUAUUACAGUCUCUCUUCUAAUGCUUCGCAAUCCUGUGACUGGCACUAAUGUUUUGGGCAUGAUGACUGCAAUUCUUGGAGUAUUUCUAUAUAACAAGGCCAAAUAUGAUGCUAACCAAGAGGCAAAGAAGCAGUUGCUUCCUCUUUCCUCCGGAGAGCUUCAAGGCUUGGAUCACCACCGUGAACAUCCAGAGAAGCUACAGAAUGGCAUGGCUUCUUUCACUCCUGGAAGAGACUAUCAGUAUAGUCGGACAAAUAUACUGACUGAUCAUUUUCAGUAUAGUCGACAGAACCACCCGAAUGCACACAAUCGAUAUGAUGUUUGA